AUAGAACAACAAGCCUAAAAGCCUGAAUUAUAACUAAGACUAAAACAGCUAUAAAGAAUACAGCAGUGGUGUUUCAUUUGUUAAAUAAGAGUUUAAAUGAUAAAAUACCCAGGUCAUUUUGAUCCUAUCUAUUCUUUUAACAAGUUCUCCUGACAACAGCAACAAUAUUUUACUGAUGCAGAGUGCUCAAAGGUCAUUUUGGCAGAUCAAUGAUAUGAUAAUAUGUACUUUGUUGCAAAAUCUCAAUUACACCAAGACCCUGACCAAGUAAAUUAUUGUCUAUAUGUAGCAUCGUGCCAUCUUAUCGUUACAUGUUCUAAUAAUCAUUACAUUUAUGGUCCUAGUUUGUGAGAGGUUGGUACAACUUUCGCUCUCUCUUCACAAGUAUAUAAAAGGCCACAGUUUGCUGCCACUCUUUGGAUGUUUGAUCUGGUCCCACGUCAUCUAAAGAAGUUAUUGAAUAAAGAUACAACAUGGCAAAGCUCAUAUUGCUCACAGCCUUGUGUCUGGUGUUAUUCCAGCUGGCACAUACCAACAGAAUGGAGUGCUAUUUCACCAACUGGUCUCAGUACAGGCCUGGUGAUGGGAAAUUCCUGCCACAAAAUGUAGAUCCCUUCCUGUGUACCUCUCUUAUCUAUGCCUUCUCCAUCAUCAAUCAUGCCAAUGAGCUGGUUACCUAUGAAUGGAAUGAUGAUGUCCUAUACAAGGCCUUCAACGACCUGAAAACAAAGAAUCCUCAUUUAAAGACUCUGCUGGCUGUUGGUGGCUGGAACUUUGGCUCAACUCAGUUUUCCAUCAUGGUUUCCACUCCAGAAAACCGUCAGAAGUUUAUCCAAUCUUCAAUCAAAUUCCUGAGGACUCAUGGAUUUGAUGGACUGGAUCUGGACUGGGAGUAUCCAGGUGCUCGUGGAAGUCCCCCUGAAGAUAAGCAAAGGUUUACUCUUCUCUGCAGAGAACUUGCUGCAGCCUAUGCAGAAGAAGCUAAAUCCACCGGGAAACCUCAGCUCAUGUUGACUGCUGCAGUGUCUGCUGGAAAAGGUACCAUUGACGGUGGAUAUGAGAUUGCUGAAAUUGCCAAGGAUCUAGAUUUCAUCAAUGUUAUGACCUAUGACUUCCAUGGAACUUGGGAGCAGUUCACUGGCCAUAACAGUCCGCUUUACCGUGGAUCUGAGGAUUUUGGUGACCUCAUCUAUUUCAAUACUGACUAUGCCAUGAGGUACUGGAGAGACAAUGGCACCCCAGCAGAGAAGCUGAGAAUGGGAUUUGCAGCCUACGGUCGUACCUUCCGUCUAACCUCUUCAGAUACAGGUGUUGGAGCCCCUGCUAGUGGCCCCGCAUCAGCUGGACCAUACACCCGCGAAGCUGGAUUCUGGUCUUACUAUGAAAUCUGCACCUUCCUGAAGGGCACCCCCAUCCAGUGGAUCAGUGACCAGAAAGUUCCCUAUGCGACUAAAAAUAAUGAGUGGGUAGGAUUCGACAACAAGGAAAGCUACCAAAUCAAGGUCAGCUACCUGCAGGAGCAGAAGUUUGGCGGUGCUUUUGUAUGGGCCCUUGAUUUAGAUGACUUUGCUGGAAAAUUCUGUGGAGAAGGAAACCACCCUCUCCUUUCCCAUCUUCGCAGUCUUCUUAAUAUUGAGCUUCCACCACUGCCCUCAACCACCACCCCCAAACCUGGCGCUAGCACUACAUCUCCAACCACCACCACCACCACCACUACACAUGCUCCAGGACCUGGCUUCUGCAAUGGUAAACCUGAUGGCCUGUAUCCCAACCCAGACGACAGGACCAGUUUCUACAUGUGUGCUGCAGGCAUCACACACGUGAGGUUCUGUGGAACUGGAUCGGUCUUUGAGGACAACUGCAAGUGCUGCGUUUGGCCUUGAGCUUUCAAUGGUAGUAAAACACAAUAAAGCUGACACCAACAAUUGAAAAGACUCUAAAUUCCCUCUUCCAUCCAUCUACUGUUUGUGUAAUCAGGUACCUAUAUGUACUAUUAGCACAGAAAAAAUGUAUAGUUUUAGUGACGUAUGGGACAAGAAAUAUAAUUUGCAAACAUAUACCAGCUAAAAGAAACUACCUUUAUACCCUUGACAACACUACGGAGAGCUGUCAAUGUAUAUGUCAUUGGAAAUAAAGGAAUAAAAACAUUU